GGGUUUCUAAUCGGACCAAUGUUAAGGUAAUGAUAAUGUUCAGUUAUCAACAAAACAGAGCACAAACAAUCAUGAUUUGAUUAUGACUGGGAUUAACCUUUAAUUAACUACUUUUGCAAGUUAAUUACUCUCUCAGGCUCAAAGUUUCUCUGUGAACAGCCAAUUUUUCUCAGCUUCCAUGGUAAGUCCCAUCCUGCCAGCUGCUACCUCUUUCCUUCGUUAACAAUCUUCUAUAACUGCAGAUUCUCUGAGCAUUGGCAUGUACAGAUCUCUCUUUUUCUGAUAAGAAGUAUACAGCGGGGUAAAAUGUCUGAUCAGAAAACAGGGCUUAUGAGUGAUCAGUUAUCAAAAUCGACCUCAAUUUUCGGUUUGCGAUUAUGGGUAGUUGUUGGUGUGUGUAUAGGGGUAGCCUUUGUGUUGGUUCUCUUCCUCAUUACUCUCUGGCUCGCUUCGAAGCGCUCCAAGAUGUGUAAGAAUGUUGACAAAUCCAAAAUCCUAGUUGUUUCCAAGGAGAUCCCAGAAAUCAGAGUCGAACCCAUCAAACCAAGCCGAGUGCAAUGCCAAACACAUCCGUCUCCCGAUACAGAGACCGCCGGAAAUGAAAGGCAAGCUUUGCUGGUUACGCCACUGGAGGCAGAAAGUCCGGUAGGGUAUCAUGGGGUUCAGAUUGAGAUUGGAAAAGGGCAUUUGAUUUCUUUUCAUCGCUCUUCUGGAGAGGCACCGCGUGGCGGAGGAGGCAGAGGCAGAGGUAGCGGUAUUGAUCAGAUUGCUGUGGUAGGCCCUGAUGUAUCGCAUUUGGGGUGGGGCCGUUGGUAUACUUUGAGAGAGUUGGAGGUGUCCACUAAUGGGUUUGCUGAUGAGAAUGUUAUUGGCGAGGGAGGCUACGGGAUUGUCUACCAUGGCGUUUUGGAGGAUAACGCUCAGGUAGCUAUCAAGAACUUGCUCAAUAACAGGGGACAGGCCGAGAAGGAAUUCAAAGUUGAAGUGGAAGCCAUUGGAAGAGUCCGACAUAAGAACUUAGUGCGACUGCUUGGUUUUUGUGUUGAAGGAUCCCAUAGAAUGCUGGUAUAUGAGUAUGUGAACAAUGGGAACUUAGAACAGUGGCUUCAUGGGGAUAUAGGGCCUUGGAGUCCUCUUACUUGGGAAAUAAGAAUGAACAUCAUCCUGGGAACUGCAAAAGGGUUAACCUACCUUCAUGAGGGACUCGAUCCAAAAGUUGUUCACCGUGAUGUAAAAUCAAGCAACAUUCUGCUUGACAAGCUAUGGAAUCCCAAAAUUUCAGACUUUGGUCUUGCGAAGCUACUUUACUCGGGGAGAAGCUAUAUUGCAACCCGUGUGCUGGGAACAUUUGGCUAUGUAGCUCCCGAGUAUGCGAGUACAGGCAUGUUGAAUGAAAGGAGUGAUGUGUAUAGCUUUGGGAUUCUUAUUAUGGAAAUUAUUUCAGGGAGGAACCCAGUUGAUUAUAGCCGGCCUCCAGACGAGGUGAACUUAGUUGAAUGGCUUAAGAAGAAGGUCACUGAGAGAAAUACUGAGGGGGUAUUGGAUCCUAAAUUAUCUGAGAAGCCUUCUUCCAGGGCAUUGAAGAGAGCUCUUCUUGUAGCUUUACGUUGUCUGGACCCUAAUGCACAGAAAAGGCCAAAAAUGGGACAUGUCGUACAUAUGCUUGAAGCUGAUGAAUUCCCAUUGAGAGAGGUUCAGUCACACGAUUACAGGACCGCAGAGGUGGAAGGGAACUAAGAAGGACACUAUCCUACAAUGCUAAGGACAUGGAGAAUCCUAUAACAGAAUCAAGUAAUAGAGUUAGUGCCAGAGGUAAUAGCACUGAAGAUAUUUAACCGAGUGUGUCCAAGCGAUCUUUGCAAAUAUUGUAGAGUCUGCUGUUGCAUCAAAGGUUUGCUGGUCUUCACAUAGUUCCUUUACCAUCCUUUAUAGCUAGAUUGAAUCAAAUGGGAGUUUUGAUAAUGAGGUACGCUAUGUAAUUUAUAGUUUCAUUGUUUCUCAACUCAUGGUUAAAUAAAGAGCCUAGAUAUAUUACAAGUUA